AAGAUAAAUAAAAGUAAAAAAAAAAAAAAAAAAAAACUUUGGGAAAUAUGAAUGUGAAAAAUACUUCUGGAACCAAAGCUGCUGAAAAAGUUGGCAAAAACUCUUUAUUAGACAAGUAAAAAUAAAGGCUGGGGCUUUAUUUUUGACGCAUCUCCUCGCUAACUCUAGCUCACAUCAGACUGGCGGUUGGAGGGGAAUGGUUAAUGGAAAUUAGUGUGCUUCCACUUUUAAUUAAUUGUUUGGCCUAAGUAAAGGAAAUGUUUACUUUGUAUUGACAUACUAACAAUUUUAACUUAAUUGUAAACAGGUGCUGUAACCCGCCAACAUCUAGGAGCCUUCCAUGGAUAGAUCCACAUUUACCCAACAGGUGGAGAGCGUUGAGCGUAAUGUAGCAUUUUUGCAACAGGAACACCGCAUCCUCCUUAGCGGUCUACGGCUAGAGAUCCGCAACCUGAAGAAACGGUGCAAUGAGCUGAGUUGUGAACUAAGUGAAAGAGCACCAGUAAAAAGCCGAGAAGGUAAGUAUCAGAUUUCACAAGAUUCCAGUCUUUCCCACAUGUUCCCUCAACUACAUGUUUUUACAGAUAUCGAACUAGAGGAAGAGCUUCUGCAGGCACGAUUACUAGAGACAGAGCAGCAUCUGGCUGAGGAGGAAAGCACCCUGGUGGAGCUGCGGUCGGAGCUACGGAAAAAGGGGGCACUUGCGAGCGCACUGCAGGUUCGACUUCGAGAUGAAGAGCGGCGAUUCCUGGAGGAGCUAAAACGACGCAGUCAUAAGAUUACAACAUUGAGUCGUGAUCUCCGCAAGCAGACUGACCUGGCCGCUCAGCUCUCCUUCCAACUGCAUUCGGCACAGUUUCGAUUGUAUCACCAGACAGAAGACUACGAGGAAGAGGAUGAAGAAGAAGAGGAUGAAGGAGGCACCAUGCAGGAAUCAGAAUGGACUGCAAAUUCUCCAUGGACAUCUCCAGUAUUGGCGGAAAGUCCACGUCAAAGCCGAGCUUCAGGAAGGGUGCGGAGAUCAGAAAGAGUGAGGGAAUGCGUGCCCCGCGAAAGGGUGCUUGGGCCCGAAGAGGCACGCCCCAUGCCUGAUCCCGCUCUUUUCCUUUAUCCUUUCAGACAUAGGCUCCUCCCCUUGCACAGGUCACUUGGAGGUCACUGGAGAGAAGGUGGCCUUUCAAGGAUGCCAGAAGCUCGAAUAGGUAGAUUCAGAGACCGACCACUGAGGGAGGACAUUGGACCAGAAACAACUGAGUUAUAAAGGGCAACAGUGCCCUUUAUUCAAUGGCCUUGGUUCUGGAGGGAUUUUUCCCAUUCAUUUUUCCUAUAGAGUUUUUUUUUAAAGGUGCUGUAUGCAAUUUUUUUUUCACUGUACUGAAGCAUAAAAAUACUAUAAUAUGUUUGCAGGUAUGUAGGAAACACGCUACGUUCACAUGCUUAUUCCUCAAAAAAACAAAGUGACAGCCAGUUAUUCUGCUUUGAAAUGUGUGUUCCUUGUCUGAAUGUCUGUUUUUUUUUUUUUUUGGUCUGUGUGAUUCCGCCCACUGCUAAUUUACCCAAUAGUAUUUCGACACAACUUGGUUGCCAGUUAACGGAAAACUUCUCAGUACUGCAGGCAUGGAAGCGAGCAAACAAACUGGAUCAGAGAUCGCAGAUUCCACCCUACCAAAAAAGCCUUGGCAUUCAAGCCUUGGUUCUCAAUCUGGCAACCUGCAAUCUUUUGAAUUUGGAUCGCAGUACCCAUGUCAACUGCUAGAUAUCAAUAUCACAUACUGCACCUUUAAAAGGUGAAUCGCAAACAUUACAAAAUGUUUGAUUUUAAGUAAAGAGUGUUUGAAAAUCAGAUGAACACAAUGAUACAAAAGUGAAAGAAAUGUAUUCUAAUGAGGCAUUGCAAAUGUCAUAACCAAAAAAAAUAUCUCUGCAUCAUUCACUGUAUAUCUUGGGAGUGGACUUUGGAUUGGUGUACUCUGAUUUUCUAAAUAUUUACUGAAUGUAGUUUUUUACCAGGAAUUAAAAAAAAUUAUAAAAACAAACAAAAACAAGUUUACAUAAUGUGGGCUGGUGGCUUCAACAAAAAUAUAUACAAUCGAUUAGCAAACUCAUAGUUUAAAGUAGGUCUGUCUUUAAAGGUUUAUAUGUUAUUGUUGAAAAUCCAUUGCCCUAUGGAGAAAGUGAAUGGGAUUUUGACUUCCAGAACCUGAUUGUUGCAUUCUAGAAACUUCCUAGCAAAGUUGUAAGGAAAGUUACAGAGUAACUCUCGAGUUACAGAGCACCUGAAACCUACAUUGUGAUGUCCAUUUUUGAAAUCUGUCUUUGUUGAAUCCAGAAGACUCUAUAACCGAGUUUUCACUUUCCAUGCAGUCAUCAUUUGUGUCAAUGAAGUGAAUUACUCUUAUCACAUUAGACACACUUUAGAAGAACAGCAAGGGCAGAUGCAGGUAAACAGGUGUAUUAUAUUGUUUUUGUGUUUUUGGUUUCUCUGUCUCUAUUAGAAAAGAGCUUUAUGAUGUGUUGAAUAUAUAUGAAGUGAAACUUGGUUUAUUUAUUAAAUAUUACAAAAAUGGU